AUGGAUGGCGCACCUCCUCCGGUCGCCGUUCCUCCGGAUCCCGAUGAUCCGGCCAGGUAUUCCGUUUCUUUCUGUCGCGACGCGACCGCUCCAGAGAACUAUUUGUCCGGCUCACCAUCAGCCGACACAGCUAAUGCAUCUCAGUCCGGCUCGUCCGUAACGGACGAAUCGGCCAUGGAUACUUCGGCUGUCACUGUCCCCAGUGACACCAAUGUAUCCACGGCUCUUGAUACUUUAAUUUCUUCUGUUGCAGAUGUUGGCGCGGAUGUCGCUAUGGAACAGCAGCCGUCUGAAGUCCCGCCUUCGGAUACUCCUGGUGGCUCGCGUGCACGGCGCACCCCAUCACCCACUCCAACGGACUCGUCGCUGCCGUCGAGUUCAGCGCACAGGUCGCUGAGCAGCCAGGAUCUUAGUGCAGGCGGCGAGGAGCUUCGCAGCAUGACCGCAUCAAUGGAGCAGUUGGCUAUGGUAGAUCCCCCUCCGGUCCAGCGUCGCGUCACCCGGGCGGCUUCUCCCUCCGCACCCUUGGCAAAGACCCAGCGGUCCUCAUCCGGUCGUCGCAGGGCUCCCGCAAAUUAUGCGGCAGCCGCAGCCGAGCGCCGCUCCCCACCACCGGCUAAUCCUAUCCGGGGAUCAAUGCGGGGCCGUGCCAAAGCGACCGCAAGGCCUGGUCCCUCCACAUCCAGGUCCGGUCCUUCCCAACCCCCGGCCCGUGGGGCCGCCUCAUCAAGAGCUAGUCGCGGCCGUGGUCGCAGCGCUGCGCGUACCAGCGCUGGUUCGCUACCCCAGGUUGACACCAGUCAGCUGCCGGAGGAAACCCCAAAAGGGUUCUCCCACUACCUUAUACACCGCCACCCGUGGGCGCGCUUCGUUAAUCCACGGCCGAUCCGCAUGGUUCGCGAUAACCCCCCGCAAGUUCACAAUAACCUGAACACGGAGGGAUACCGCCACCUGCCCGACUGUGGGUAUAUGUCGCUGCGCUUUCAAUAA